UUUCAGUUUUUUUUUUUUUUCCGCGUUUAAUAAUAUCGUUAAUAUGUUAUUAAAAUCAUUAUUGUAAUACACGCGUCGCUCACGUAUAGACGUUCACACGCGCACCACGGACAAACAAACAUAUAUCUAUCUGUGUGUCUCCUCGUGCCGUUGUACCGUUCGUGAUGGUUAUUAAAAUUAAACGAUUUGUGUAAUGACAUUAUGAAUUAUAAUAGAACAACGCCGCCGCCGUUCCGUUUUUGGGCACGUUGCGCACUUUCGAUACGACUCGGCAAGCGCUAAGCAGUCGUGUCCGUCGUCCGAUGUACAUCGCAGUACAACUGUAGUUGCUCGCGUCGGGCCGGUGGUGCCCAUUGAUUGUUAUUAUUUCGUCGCCGCCGUCGUCUCCACCGCAGCCGUCGCCACUACCACCACCGUUAAUGCCGUCGUUUUGUUUUUUAUUUGUAUAAUACAUUUUUCCACACAUUUUUUUUCCUCCGAUCUCCUCCCCCCCAUCAACACAAUACCAUUCUUUCUUACCUCCAUUGUGUAUGUAUAUGAGUGUGUGUGUUUGUAGUAUUAUAUUAUCUGUUUCGCCUUUUAACCUCUGCGCCUACAAUAAUACACACACAUACACACGUUGCGCCGCGCCUACCCAAGUGCAGAGAUAAACGGUCGUUGAACAACUACCAGCAGUCCGCACAAUGUGCAAUAUACAUUCGGCUACAGUCUGCAGUCCGCCUGUUCGAUAGGUAGUGCUCGAUCGUCGUCCGUUGUUUUGUGUUGAUUGUCGACUAACUUACAGGAUAAUAUUAUGACGUCCGAGUCAGCCGACCAAGGCUUGUGCAACAAAUCGAUUACACUCCGUAAACAACGGAAAAAUGUAUUUAAUAAAACAGCAUUGAGAAUGGUAGCUGCAGAAAUGACAAGUAAUCAAGAUAAAGAUGUUAGUCAAGUACAAUAUGUAGAUAUUAGCCCAGAUUUUUUAACUACUGGGCGAACUGGCAGGCGAAAUGCAUUACCAGAUAUACUUGGUGAACAUAAAUUGACGUCCACGGCUGACUUACCUGAUCGGUUACAAGCUCUUACAACAAAUGGAGCUGGGACAAGCAAUAUGCAAUCAUCAGCAACUAGUGGAGAUCCAGACAUGACUAAAACACAAAAUGCAGCAUGUUAAAUGACUGAAUAAAAAUAAAAAAGUAUGAUCUAUAACUAUAUGUUCCAAAAUUAAAAUGAAACAAAGUAGCCUAGGUAGACUAGAUGUAUAAUCUCAUCAUUUUAUGUGAAAAGUAAAUAUUUUUAAUUGACUCCUAGUCUCGUACCAACCAGACCAAAGCAUAUAAGUACUUUUAUUUUUUUUCAUUUAUUUAUUUAGUUCCAUACAUAUAUAUAUAUAUAUAUAUUUUUUUUUUUAUCAAAGGUUUUGUUCCUCUAUUCAAUUGACUAUUGUGUAUAUUAUUUUAGUAUACAUUUUUAAGAAAAAAGUAGGUAGCUUUAAGAUUUAAAAAGAUAAUUCCUUAG